UUCUUUUCUCCCUCUUUAUUUGGCAGGUGCAGGAAAAUCAUUUUCUCUCGUAUUUUCUCUGCAUCUGUACACCACUUUCUUAUUUGAUAAUAUUCAGUCUCUCUUUUGUUAUCUUCAAGAAAAACAAAAAAACUUUCUUUCUUUCUUUUUCUUUCAUUCUCUUUUUUCAAGAAACGAUUCAAGAAAAUGCCCUCAUUGGAGGAAGAGUUAUUCCCGUCCACACCAGGAAAGUUCAAGAUCGACCGCGGAGGCCACGCAAUGAACAGACAAUUCUACCGUUGUUUUACCUCCACAAGCACCAUGUUCUUAUGGGCACUUUUCUUGAUUGCUUUGACGGCGUCAUAUUUGAGUUUUCAAAGUUUCAUCGAUUCCGGUAGCAAGUAUUUCUCCGCUUCUUGGGGCGGCCUUCAAUGGGAAAAACAAGUGCGUAACUCCGCUCAGAUCCACCGUCCGUCCGGCGGCGUAUCGGUUCUUGUUACCGGAGCAGCCGGUUUUGUCGGUACUCAUGUUUCUUUAGCUUUGAAAAAGAGAGGGGACGGCGUCGUUGGACUUGACAAUUUUAAUAAUUAUUACGAUCCGUCUUUGAAGAAAGCACGCAAGUCUCUUUUAAACAGUCACGGUGUUUUUAUCGUGGAAGGCGAUGUUAACGACGCGCGGCUCUUGGCUAAGCUAUUUGAUGUGGUGGCUUUUAGUCAUGUUAUGCAUUUAGCGGCUCAAGCCGGUGUCAGGUACGCUAUGGAGAAUCCUCACUCUUAUGUUCAUUCUAAUAUAGCCGGCUUAGUCACUCUUUUAGAGGCUUGUAAAUCGGCCAAUCCUCAGCCGGCUAUUGUUUGGGCUUCGUCAAGUUCUGUCUAUGGCUUAAAUGAUAAAGUUCCCUUUUCUGAAUCUGAUCGGACGGACCAGCCCGCGAGUUUGUAUGCGGCUACGAAAAAGGCAGGUGAGGAAAUCACUCAUACUUAUAAUCAUAUUUACGGUCUGUCAAUUACUGGGUUGAGAUUUUUUACUGUCUACGGUCCAUGGGGUAGACCCGAUAUGGCUUAUUUCUCUUUCACGAGAAAUAUUUUACAAGGGAAACCGAUCACUGUUUAUCGGGGCAAGAAUCGGGUUGACUUGGCCCGCGACUUCACCUACAUUGAUGAUAUAGUGAAAGGAUGUGUUGGGUCUUUGGAUACUGCGGGUAAGAGUACGGGUUCAGGUGGGAAGAAACGGGGACCCGCUCCGUAUCGGAUUUUUAAUCUUGGUAAUACGUCACCUGUUACUGUACCGACACUCGUUAGUAUACUGGAGAAGCAUUUGAAAAUGAAAGCUAAGAGGAACGUUGUUGAUAUGCCUGGAAACGGUGACGUUCCGUUUACUCAUGCUAAUAUUAGUUUGGCCAGAAGAGAACUUGGGUAUAAACCGACAACCGAUUUGCAAACCGGGUUGAAGAAGUUUGUUAGGUGGUAUUUAUCAUAUUAUGGCUACAAUCACGGAAAAGCUGUAAAUUAAGUUGUUUUUUUUUUUUUUUUAUCCAUUAAUCUCUUUUUGUUUUUUUUAGGAAUUUUCUAUUUCCCAAGUUUAAAAAGAAAAAGAAAAGGAAAAAGAAAAUGGGAAAUGGAAAUUUGUUAAGACUGAAAAGAAAAAGAAAGUAAAAAAAAAAAAAAAAAAGGAAAGCCACAAUAUUCUUUACUUGGGAGGGCAAUCCUCUUUUCCUUUUGUUGUUUCUCUUUUGUAAUUAAUGGGAAAAGAACAAAAAAAAGGUAUAUUUCAGAUGGUA